AUGGAUCAGUUUACUGCUUGUGGCUCGUCGUUCAAGUGGGUUUUUUUCGGUGAAGAAGCUCGUCGUUCAUGCUAUUGGCGUCGAUUGAAGAUUAGCGAUUGGGGUACUGUGUCGAAGUUCAAGAGGAGGAGAAAUUUUAGGCCUUUGGGGAAGAAAACACUUCUCAUGAUUGUUUUCCAUCUUUUGGCUAGGUUGGCCCAGUAUGCUUAUAAUUCUACAAAGUCCAAGAAUAAGUUUCACCUUUGGGGAUGCCAUUGUAGUCAUGGUGGUUCUUUACUCUUUGCUUUAUGUGCACAGGUUAUGUAUGACUUCGUGAUGCGUCUUGAGAGCUUGCCAAAAUCAUAUCAAGAUUUUAUUCAGAAAAUUGGGCUAGUUGCACAACUUGUAUACAAUGCUGUGAAGGACUGUUGUAGAGGUUCCCCUGUAGAUGUUGCCUCAUUGUCGGCCUACUUAGUCAACAGAAGGAACUUCAACUCCGUGAAGUUGGAAGAAUUUCCUUCUAUUAUUCCUUGUUCCAUAAUUCACCCAAACACGAAGUCAUGUUUAGCUCACAAUGCAAAUGCAGCAUCAACUACUUUUAGGAAAACAUUUCCCCUUUACUUCUCUUUGAAUUUUGUACCAUUCGUUGUGUUGUGUCUACAAAAGUUCAUGGACGCUCAUGUUUGCACCUGUUGGAAUGCUCUUACAGGAGCUGUUCGCUCGACGACAUUUUUGUCUGCUUUUGUUGUAAUUUUUCAGAUAGCUGGAGUCAUAUGUUCACACCAGAAAGUGGCAUCAAAAGACCACAAGCUUGUCUAUGGGGCUGCAGGCGGAUUAUUUGCCCUUUCUGUACUGUUGGAGAAGAAAGUUAGACGUGGAGAACUUGCCCUAUAUGUCCUUCCACAAGCUGGAGAUUCUUUGUGGUAUAUUCUAGUGAACCACCAUCUGCUUCCAAAUAUCAAGAAUGUUGAGGUUGCUAUGUUCUGUGCUUGCAUGGGCGAAAUAAUGUACAAUUUGGAACAUGAACCAGACACCAUGGCUCCUUUUCUCAGGGGUUUGAUUCCCUGUUUCCUUGCCAGCAGAAUUAGCAGCCCAGCCCCUUUGUCAACUUGA